UGCUAUGAUGAUGGCCAUUCAUUGAGUUCCUAUAGAGCAUAGAGAAAUGGCAAUAUGGCAAUAGAGCUGCGUUUUCUUCGCCAGUUAGCCACAAAAUGCUCGCGACCACGGUGGAUCGUCGCCUUUAUCUUUUCAUUUUUGCUCCUUACGUUUUACCAAUUCCUACCUUCAAUAUUACCCACAGGAUUGUCCCCAUAUCAGCAACUAAAUGAAACCAGCUUUGGGCAGCGGGGGCUACUGGCUCAGGCGUUAUACCAGCAACUACGUCAAGCGGAAGGUUCACCGUUGCAGAUGACACAGAGGAAACAUAAGGCUGCGGAAAAAUUAGCAAAGCAUCUUUUUCCCUUCAUCCAGAGUCCAGAUGGCUCUUCUCGUGAUGAUGACACACCCUUGUGGUCACUUCGGUCAACUUUUAGUUUGCAUUCGAAAGGUAUUGUUAUUCCGGCUGGCAAGAAGAACUUGGUGUUUGCCCGCCAAUCAAUCCUAGCCCUUCGAGAUGUUCUCAACGUCACCUUACCUAUUGCUGUCGCCUAUGCCGGAGAUGAAGAUCUUUCGCCCGACCAACAGAAUUCACUUCUGGGUUUGCGACCGAAUGUAGAAAUGCUUGACGUCCUCACUGUGCUGUCAGACGAGUAUAUGAACUUAGGAUCUGGAUCCUGGUCAGUCAAGCCCUUUGCGGCGCUGGCUAGCCGCUUUGAGCAGGUGAUUCUCAUUGAUGCCGAUAUUGUAUUUGUGCAGUCCCCUGAGAUCCUUUUUGACGACCUGGGGUUUCAAGAGACUGGUGCACUGUUCUUCUAUGACCGGCAGUUCGAAAGGGAGCCGGGUAAUCGGCGACAGAGAUUCCUUGAACAGGAAACAAAAGAUAUAGAUCUUUUAGAGUCCUGCUGCCAGAAUAUCUUGAAAAACGGAUAUACGGAAGAGCAAGACUCUGGCGUCGUUGUGCUGGACAAGAGAAGGCUGCAGGUCCUUAUCGGGCUGAUGCAUACCUGCUGGCAGAACUCCUCGCCUGUCCGUGACAAGGUCACAUACGAUAUAUUCUAUGGCGACAAGGAGACUUUCUGGAUGGGAAUGGCCUUGACUCAGACGCCGUACACUUUUUAUAAGAAUUCAGCUGGCAUAGUAGGUGAACUCCGGGAGAGAGAGGGCAAGAUGCAUAUUUGUGGGAAUACCAUCUCGCAUUAUUCCGAUGCAGACCACAGGCUCAUAUGGUACAAUGGUAGUUUACUACGAAACAAGUACAUAAGCCUCUACAUAUACAUGGUCCCUCAGUAUCAGAUUCUUGGUGGGCAGUGCCACUGGAUGGGAAAUGCUGAAGGAGAUUUGAAAAGGUGCUGUUCGGAUGCAGAGAUACUCGCAUUGACUGAUUCGGAGCGUAGUGUUCUGGAGAAAAGCGUCGAGAUAGCCAAGAAUCUAGAUGGCCACAAAUGACAUGUGGAUGUUGUUGUUCAACAAUAAUAACAAAUAGUAUUAAUAAGGUGUUGGUGCAAGAUGAGGCCAUCUUGUUUGCGUCCGUGUUUGUGUCAGCACACUAUCGUGAGAUUCUGAAUACGAACAUAACCGCUCUUGAAGGUCACCAGGUUCGAAUAUUCUACUUUUGCUGUUAGGUGAUUUACGUUUUUAACUUU